AGCGGCUAUUUAAAGGUCCGCGCCGGCACCGCCACCGCAUGGUCCUUGAGCGGAGACUUGGCUAAGGUAGCGGUCAUGGCUAAGCACAUCACUCUGUACACUGGCGCCAAAAUGCCCAUCUUGGGGCUGGGCACCUGGAAGUCCCCCCCAGGCAAAGUGGCGGAGGCGGUGAAGGCGGCCAUCGACGUCGGGUACCGCCACAUUGACUGUGCCCACGUCUACCAGAACGAGAACGAGGUGGGCGGGGCCAUCCAGGAGAAGAUCCAACAGAAGGUGGUCAAGCGGGAGGACCUCUUCAUCGUCAGCAAGCUGUGGUGCACGUACCAUGAGAAGAACCUGGUGAGAGGCGCCUGCCAGAAGACGCUGAGUGACCUCAAGCUGGACUACCUGGACCUCUACCUGAUCCACUGGCCCACUGGCUUCAAGCCCGCCAAGGAGUUUUUCCCGCUCGAUGGGGACGGCAAAGUGAUUCCCUGUGAGACGGACUUCGUGGAGACGUGGACGGCCAUGGAGGAGCUGGUGGACGAAGGGCUGGUGAAAGCCAUCGGCAUCUCCAACUUCAACCACCUGCAAAUCGAGAAGAUCCUAAACAAGCCUGGGCUGAAGUACAAGCCGGCGGUGAACCAGAUCGAGUGCCACCCCUACCUCACCCAGGAGAAGCUGAUCCAGUACUGCCAGUCCAAAGGCAUCGCCGUGACGGCCUACAGCCCCCUUGGCUCGCCCGACAGGCCCUGGGCCAAGCCCGAGGACCCCUCCCUACUGGAGGACCCCAGGAUCAAAGAGAUCGCCACCAGGCACAAGAAAACCACGGCCCAGGUGCUCAUCCGCUUCCCGAUGCAGAGGAACCUGAUCGUCAUCCCCAAGUCCGUGACGCCUGAACGCAUCGCUGAGAACUUCAAGGUGUUCGACUUCGAGCUGAGCCCCGAAGAGGUGAACACGUUGCUGAGCUUCAACCGCAACUGGAGGGUCUGCGCCCUGAUGAGCUGCACCUCGCACCGGAAUUACCCCUUCACCAUCGAGUUCUGAAGCCGCAGUGCCCGCCCCUUGCCUGGUGGCCAACUGCCUCUCCUCCUGCCCCGUACCUCCCCCGACCCCCCCUCCCCACAUCAAGGCCAUGUGGCCGGGGGUCCAUCUAUGCUACUCGGGCCCCCUGUGCCCUGCCCCGCCCCCCACACACACACUCCUGGGGACAGAGGACAGGGUCUGUGGGUUCGAAGCCUGCUUCCUGUCUGGCUGAGGAAUUCACCGGGAAACUUUCCUGGUUUCAAUCUAGAAAGUGAAGAGUGGCGUUAGAGCCAGCAGCCACUGCUGCUUUGGGGAUGGCAGGCCUUCAGGCAGGCCCCCCACACCCACCCAGGCCCCACCCAUCCUCCCUCCCCUCCCCCUUCAAUA